CCUCCUCCCACACGAGUCGUCCAGCAUACGAGAUGACUAACUACUCAGGCAUGUACGAGCAAUAUAUGUCCAAAACUCGUAGAGUCGCCUCGCGGCCGGUUGGGCGUCGCGGGAAAACAUCUUCUGUCAAGUUCGUUACACGUGGCGACCCCACCGAGCGAAAGGGCAAACGAAGCCGACCUCAAAGGAUGGCUGUCGAGAGCACACCUUCAUUGCGGCCAGCUGGUAGUGCGAACGAUGAAGGUGUCAGGCCUCCAGCGCUACAGCGCGGUCAAAGUCCGAGGUGGGCUAGCGGGAAUGAUGAGGCGGAUGCCGGAUUGAGGCGUAAGAGCGCGGGAGGAGAGGAGGAGAGGAGAAGAGGAGGAGAGGAAAAGAGGAGGAGAGGAAAAGAGGAGGAGAGGAAAAGAGGAGGAGAGGAAAGAGAUAGGAGACGACGAUUACUACCUCAUAUUCUGAGUGCUCGUGACAACUCAGCUCCUCACGCCCAGUAAAAACGCGCUCGAAGGAAAC